AUGGCAGAGAAAGAGGGUUCUUCCAACGCCUCAGUCAAAGGCGGUGACGCUCACUUUGUUCUCGAUGAGCGCCGCCGAGCCGCUCUGGCCGAAGUCGAUAAUGCCAGCUUCUCCUGGUUCCAUGUAAAGGUCUGCCUCGUCGCUGGUGUCGGUUUCUUCACCGAUGCCUACGACAUUUUCGCCAUCAACUUUGCGUCGACCAUGUUGGGCUAUGUCUAUGGCCACGGAACUGCUACCAAAGCCGGAAAACUCAACGCCAACCAAGAUCUAGGGGUCAAGGUCGCCACCCCAGUCGGUACUCUCGUCGGUCAACUUCUCUUCGGCUGGCUUGCGGACGUUGUCGGUCGCAAGCGGAUGUAUGGUGUCGAGCUCAUGAUCAUCAUUAUCGGUACAUUCGCGCAAGCUCUCUCUGGUGGUGGCCAUGCAGUCAGCAUCAUCGGUGUUCUCGUUGUCUGGCGCUUCAUCAUGGGUAUCGGCAUUGGUGAGUUCGCCUCGACCCGCAUCCGUGGUCGCAUGAUGACUGCCGUCUUUGCCGCUCAAGGCUGGGGCAACUUCACCGCCGGAAUUGUCUCACUCAUCGUCGUCGUCGCUUUCAAGAGCAAGAUCCUCGCGGAGCCCGCCCUUAACCAGCUCAACCACAUCGACUACAUGUGGCGUAUCCUCAUCGGCAUUGGCUGUAUUCCCGGUGUUAUUGCCCUUUACUUCCGUCUUACUAUUCCCGAAACCCCCCGUUUCACUAUGGACAUCGAGCGCAACGUUAUUCAGGCCACCGACGAUAUCAAGAAUGUCCUCAGCACCGGUGGAUUCAAGAACGACCCUGAUGCCAUCGUCCAACGCGUCGAUGUUCCUCGGGCUUCAUGGGCCGACUUCGUUGCCUACUUCGGGCAAUGGAAAAACGGCAAGAUUCUCUUUGGCGCGGCGUACUCUUGGUUUGCGUUGGACAUUGCCUUUUAUGGACUUGGUCUAAAUUCGUCCAUUAUUCUCGGUGCGAUUGGUUUCGGUUCGCCCAAGACCACUGGAACCCAGGGCGUCUAUGACAACCUGCAUAACAUUGCCGUUGGAAACCUCAUUCUCUCCGCUGCCGGCUUAAUUCCGGGUUACUACGCCACUUUCCUCUUCGUUGACUCUUGGGGACGGAAACCCAUCCAACUCAUGGGCUUCAUCAUCCUCACUGCUCUCUUCAUCAUCAUGGGCUUCGGCUAUGACAAACUUGUUGCGUCGACAGCUGGCAAGAACGCCUUCGUUUUCUUGUAUUGCUUGACCAACUUCUUCCAAAACUUUGGGCCCAACACCACAACGUUCAUUAUCCCGGGUGAGGUGUUCCCUACGCGCUACCGCUCGACGGCCCACGGUAUCUCUGCGGCAAGCGGCAAACUUGGCGCCAUCGUCGCGCAAGUCGGUUUCUCACGGCUGCGUGACAUUGGCGGCACAGACAAGUUCGUCAAGCACAUUCUUGAGAUUUUUGCGGCGUUCAUGCUCACGGGGAUCUUCUCGACCCUUCUUGUCCCCGAAACGAAGCAGCUGUCGCUUGAGGAGCUGUCCAAUGAGGACCAGGAGGGCUUCGUUCGCGGCAAUGCCACGAACAUCGAAGUCAAGGACGGUGUUGUCGUGGGCAAGCAUAUGUAA